UCCUGGCCGGCCCGGCAGCCGCCUCAGGCCCCGCUCCCCGCUGAACCGUUACCCGUUAACUCAUCACCGCUCACCGGGAAAAAACGCACCGGAGCCUCCGUCCGGUCCCACAGGAGCUGCGGCCGCCGGGAUGAGACUGUGAGGCGGCUGGAGGCUGAGGAGAAGUCCCGGGACUCGGUGCUCGCGUCGGGGCUGGAGGCGGUGGUGGCGGCUGAGGCGUGGCGGCCGUGGUGAUGGUGUUGGACUCAGGUGAAGUCUUCAUGGAUCAGGUCGAGGGUGAACGUGUCGGCAGCAGCAGGAGCCAGUUGGAGCCAGAAGUCCGAGUGGAUCCGCCCAGAACGCCGUCCAGAAGGAGCAAUGUUGCCAAGAAGGAGAAGGAGAAGAUGUCCCAAAACGGACUUCCUGCUCAGACGAACCAGGCGGUACAGAGGAGGUCGUCAUCAUCAUCGUCGUCGUUAAAAUGCGGGGCCACGCCCAGACCGCCGCUGCGCCGCCCACUCAGCCUGGAGGUGACGCCCCAGCGCCUGCGAGGGUCUCAGGAGCAGAUGGCGGACAGGCGGAUCGUGCAGCCUCCUUGGCGCAGCGGUUCGGCGGCUCCCUCGCCUCCGGCUCGCAGCCUGACCAGCCCCAGCCUGGGCGCCGGCGGCUGGAUGCGUCGCAGCGAGAGCACCUGCUCCGUCAACUACUCCCUGGGGCUGCGGGCCGGCAGGGGGCAGAUGCGACCCGCCACCUCCCUGCCGCACAUCGCCAAGGGGGUGGGAGUCGGGGGCAGGUCGCUGCCGACGCCGUCGAGGCCGUGUCUGCUGGUGGCGCUGAGGCCUCUGAACCUGGACCAGGAGAAGCAGACGUUCUUCCAGUCCGACUACAAGUACGAGCCGCAGUUUGAGUACGCGCAGCCGGAGCCCAGGAGCGUGCUGGAGAAGUACCGAGAGGGAUCGGGACUCUUCCUCGAACAG